AUGUAUACAAAAACUCCCCCCAAAACGGUAACCUUUUCCACCAAAAACCUUACGCUGUGGUACACCCAGUCUCAUCACUUCCUCUUCCUGCUGAAAAAGGUUAGUGACAAAAAGGGCAAUGUUCAAAGGCAGCGCUCACACUUCCUAGUGAUAAGUGCUGAGCUCAACAUGGCAGAAGAGAAUGUAUAUCAUCCGAGCACCGAAGAAACAGAAGAGUGUGAAUUUAAGGACACCCGAUGCAAUAAAAAGCGGAAAUUCAUAAAGUUCAGCCUGUCGAUUGACUAUACUGAGAUGGGUGGGGAUCAGGAGCCAUCACAUCCACAACCAAAGAUAGAAGAGAAGGACAUUGAGUCUGACGGUUUCAAUGAUGUCGAUCUGGACCAUGCCCUGGCUAACAUGAGCUUGAAUCUGGUUGUUGAUCAAGACUCUGAUGCUGACAACCCUUUCUGCAACAGUGAUAGUCAGUUUAAAGAAAGUGUCAUCGUGUCUGAGAAAGCUGAUAUUUCCUAUAUUACUGCACAAAUUUGCAAAGUGAUUAAAGAACAAGAGACUUUAUUCCUGAAGUCAUGGGAAGGAGGCAUGUAUGUUGCAUCAAGACGAAAUGAGAUAUGUUUGGAGAGCACCAUGUCAGCAAAAAUUACCAUCUAUCGUCGCAACUUAACUGGCAGUGUCACCGAUGGUAAAGGUGUUCCCAUUGUGCUGAACUUCACAGGCACAGAUAACUUCCUGACCUGCGACAGCCAAGAUGGGGAAAAUAUUUAUUUAAAAGUUAAAGUGUACGACAGAAAAAAGAUUUCUAAUCAUGACCCAGAAAUAUUAUCCCUCAUUUUCUACAUGUCUCAAGAAAGUGAUGGUCUCCGGUAUUUUGAGUCAGCGCUCUACAGAGGAUGGUUCAUGCACACUAUAAAUUGUAAGGCUGUGAAAAUGGGAAAAGGAGUCAGAAGUUGCUUUGUCACUGAGAGAGAUGACAACGAAAUCCAUGAAUGUUAA